AUUGGCGCAUCUAAGUGAUGUUUCCAAUAAUGUUGCAAUUGAAAACCUUUGGUGUUCUGCGAGGCAUGUAAGUCAUGUGUAGAAAGCGAGCAUGAUCGAGUCUCAGCAAUGCUCCUUCCCCAGCAUCUCAUCCUCAGCAUAUACUAUUGCCAGGAAAGAACGAAGCUUUCGGCGUUAUUUACAUUGUAAUAUUCUGAGAAGAUCUGCUCUUCUUUUAAAACAUCACCGACAUUCGUUUACACAGUCGCUACCAGUAUUCAUAACAUAUCAUCACCAACCCCCUCGCUUCCAGUUCGAACCUGCAACUACAUAUCCAUCCGACACUCUGUCACUUUUGACCUCUACGGCACCAAGACUACGUACAUGGAACAACUACCAGAUCUCCCGAGUCUCAACGGCUCGUUGGAUCAGAAGUUCGAUUCCUGCUUCAAGAGACCUAAGACGGACCACGACUUUGGAGGAAGCAAAGCGAAAAUCCAACAUCAAGCUCAAGAGCAGCUUGAAGACCCAGAAUCUAACACAGCAAGCAAGCGACCUGUCGUUGUAUUCGGUCCUUUCAUGACGGCCGACGAAAAUACUAUUUUUCAUCUGCCAGGACCAUUACCCUGGGAUGCGCAGAAUGUAGCCAAGGCUGGAGAAGAGUCAAAUCCUGGAAGCCAAAAUUUGACAUGCCCUGUAGAUUCCAUGGACAUGAUGAGCGAUCUUUGGGCGACAGAGAACAGUGGGUUGGAUAGCGAACCCACGCAAGAACGAUGCCGCAUACUGAGGAUCACCAACCCUGAUCUCGAUCAAGACGAACAGCAUCAACAGGAAGAUCCAUCAACAAACAUAGGGCAUACGACUGAAAACAAGAACAUCACUCAAAAGAAACGAUCUGGCGAAUGUAACGACCGAAGACCAGAGGCGGGCACACCAUCAUCGAAGUCUUUGCGGGAAAAAUAUGACAGACCGAUUACUGCUUACGGGGGGUGGGAUGACACGAACGAGGGUGAUGCCCCAGAGCCUCCUUGCUGUCAAUGGUGCUCUGAUCCUACAAAGUCAAAAUUGCCAGAAGAACCUGAGUUCGGGCUUUUCAUGGGGGAUGCAGGAGUCUUUAUGGUCAAUGUCGCAGUACGGGAACUUGAAAAUGAUGACGAUGAAACCGCGCAGGCCGAUGAACGUGAACGGGAAUUGAUUAAUUGUCGGGCUUUUCAGUACCGAGAAGGACGCAAUCAGCGUUCAGGUGGGGAACCUAGCAACUUUCUAGAUGACGGAACAGCAGAUAGAACGCCGUACUGGGGAGAUCGAUAUCCAGAUCCACCAUCAACUCAGGAGGCAGGCCCAGCACAGCAAGAGCACUCAGCCCAACUAUCAACUCCACCACAAGCUCAGGAAACACAGCCAGUACCACCAAUAACUGUAGCACAUACACUGAAUGCACCACAAUCACAGGAGGUGACUUCCUCAAGGUCAGAAACUACAACUUGGCCGCUAUCUCAGGGAAGACGCGGCAUCUCAUUUGGGAAUACACCAUCACCACGCCGAAAUGUGGAAUUGGAUCCAGGUCCUUCAGACACAGCACGAAUCCCAUCAGCUCCGACAAGCACGCAAAAAUCCGAAGAUCUUCCAGCUUACCGCGUCGGAAAUUCAGGAUGCAAGGAAGUCAGUAGAUUUCUAAUCUCCAAGAGUGCUCGGGAAGCGACUGAGUUUGGGAUGCGUCGACCCUCCGUAGGAGACCUAGAACCAGGAGCUGAACCAACAACAGCCAACGGACUUCCUGUUGUGGGUUUCGGUGCAUCUGAUGUAGUAAAAACCAAACCCAGUCGCGGUUCAAUCAUGUCUCAGGAAGUAAAGCCUGAAGAUGUUGUGGUGGAGAGUUCUGGAAGCGAGAAUGGUGACCUUGUACAACUGAGAGAGAUGCCGGAAAUGAUGGUGACAGAGAGGCCUGACCGCGGGAGUGUUCGAAUCAUGACCCGACAUGAAGCUGGAGACGUACUUCAUGGCAUGAUUAGGAGGGACUGGCGAGCGACAGAGGGCGAGGACAAUACUCCGCACGUGGAACAUCAGGAGUUUGUUGCGAAUACGGAGGAUGGAGCGGGCCAACUAGACAAUGAGGAAGUCAAAUUCGUGGAGAAGUGUAAGAGGUUAUUCAAGUUCGAAUCCUGGAGGAAACCGAGGAAGGAUCAGGAAGACUGAGCGGGAUGAACGUGCGAAAUGUGGUGUUGACGGGCUAGGCUACGGUCAUGUAUCCUAAGCGAGCGGCUGCUAUAUUUUGGCAUAGCGAAUUGUAAAGUUCAUUACAUCGCAGAGGAGUAUUCGAGAAGUGAUUGCUGAUGGGAGGAGAUGAAGCUCACAAAAUGGAGACAGGGAGAUACAUCUUGUGCGCCCCGCUCAUCCCAUCUUUGGUCACCACCACCACCACCACCACUCCUUCCUAGGAGAGCUUCCUCAGCUCAAAGUAGCGUAGCCUGGUAUAGCCUAGCUGUAAACAGGUAGUAGACCGACAUAGAUAGAUACACGUAUUUCCAAACUAAAACUUCCAGAGGGGAAUAGUGGAGUGGGAGGGCGUGCGGGCGGGCGGCUGAACCAGAUUCUUGGGUCUGGGUUUGGGUUUUGGAGGGGAGGUGAUUUAGGGAGGGGAGGGAAGGGAGGUGAUGCCCAUGUUCACAUCCCAUUCUUGAGGUUUGGGAGGGAUCCGGUAUCGAGGAGGAGGAGGUGUAAGAUUUUGAUAUAGUGAGAAAGUGAGUCUGAGGUAAGGAUUUGAAGAGGCUUGAGAGUAGUGGACGAAUAGAUCGGGGUAGUCAAGAUGCACCGUAAACCUCGAGGUAGCAGAGAAUCUGGGGAACGUGGUGGGUACCUUAUAUGGUAUGAUGCACUGGCAUGCCAUAAGUAGCAUGUACUACUAGCUUGAAGUAGAGGGGAAGUAUCUGGAGGUUUGAGCCGACUGGUAGGUACUUCAUCCCAUUCUUGCUUGCUUGCUUAGCUAUACCGCUGCCUGUGUGUCCAAACACACAGAAUUGCCAGUCAAAAUAGAGGGAGAACUCGAUAAAAACAAGACUAGAAUCCAGGGAAUGCAAACCUCAAGAGACCAGACCAACAGGAAAGAAGCCUCCCGACAUGUGGACUGGCUUCAUAAAUGGGAUGAUCAGAUGAUCAGAUGAGACGAUGAGAUGAGGUGAGGUGAGGUGAGAUCCCGUCUAAGGUUUCGUACCUAAGUCACACCAUCCCAUUCUUGAUUAUUCUCGACGAAGCGAUCGAGCCUUUUCCUUUUCUCUCACAAGCUUUGUUCUUUUUCCCACUCUCGAGGUACAUAAGGGUAUGGGCCGGCCCUCCUUCUCUUCUUCCCCCUUUCUCUCUACUAAUGUCAUCUCAGCCCAUUUCUGGAAAUAUCGAACACAACGACAAGCAAUUUUCCUGGACUGGACUCGACUGGACUGACGAGAGGUGGUUGAAGUUGAAGUUGAAGUCACACCCCAACCCCAACCCACGUGAUGCGUUUAUCAAGAGGACGGAAUUUCCGCCCUUGGCAACUUGGAGCUCCGCCAUCGCUCUGUUCUCAAUCCUGGAGUUCUGCGCUUCAAGCUAUGAGCUCCUCCCAACAAUUCCUUAUCUCUCCUCGAGACAAACGCGUUCUUACGUGUCCGGCGCAUGAGCGACAAUCAAUAAUGUCACUCAUGUAACGUCCCACGACACCACACCAGACGCACAUCACAUCGGUGGGCAGCACAUCGGAGCAGCAAAUUCGCAUCAAGCUUUCCACAUUUCUACCUCCCCAGAGAAAUAGGAAGAUAAAGGGAAGAUCACUUGAACCAGGCCAGGUCUCUCUCCAUGGAUCUCCAUGGCGUUCAUCGAUGCAGUCAUAAUCACUGCGUCAAUCCUAGCAGAGAGCCACGAACACGACUCGUGCAGCUGUCUCGCGUUCUCCUACCUAAAAGGAACGUUGAACCCCGACCCCGCCAUAGGCUGCCAUGCUAUCGGCUAGCGACCGAUAACUUAGAAGUAUUCUGUGGACAACAACAGGACGGAAGAUGACCGACACUGGGCUGCUGGGCUGG